GUGAUUAUGUAGUCAUGACUAUAUACUUCGACUUAAGUAGAAGAAUGGGAUACUUUACUAUUCAAACAUACAUUCCCUGUAUAUUAACAGUUGUUCUUUCCUGGGUAUCCUUUUGGAUUAAAAAAGAUGCUACACCAGCAAGAACAGCAUUAGGCAUCACCACGGUAUUGACCAUGACAACUUUGAGUACCAUUGCGAGAAAGUCAUUACCUCGUGUCUCCUAUGUCACUGCUAUGGAUUUGUUUGUGACUGUAUGCUUCCUCUUUGUCUUUGCUGCUCUGAUGGAGUAUGCAACCCUCAACUACUACUCAAGUUGUAGGAAACCAAACUGUACUAAGAAGAAAAAGUCGCUACCCGAUGUCAGUUUUGGUCACAUGAUGAAUUAUUCUGUACUUGAUAUGAGACCACCAACUACAGUCAUCACAUUGAACAAUGCCAUGUAUUGGCAAGAAUUUGAAGAUGCGUGUGUCUAUGAAUGUCUGGAUGGGAAAGACUGCCAGAGUUUUUUCUGUUGUUACGAAGAGUGUAAAUCAGGCUCAUGGAGGAGAGGACGGAUUCACAUAGACAUCUUAGAACUGGACUCUUACUCUAGGGUCUUUUUUCCUACAUCCUUCCUGCUAUUUAACCUGGUCUACUGGGUUGGAUACCUCUAUCUUUAG